AUGUCCGUCCAGGUUCAGCAUUCCGAAAUCGAUUUCUGCACUUUGGGGAUGUUUAUAAUUGAUGAUAUUGAUUUUGGUGGAUCAAGACCUGGAGUCAAGAACGUUAUCGGUGGCGCAGCGUCUUAUGCUGUCGUUGGUGCCCGCUUGGUGUCAGGCUCGAAACAUGCACGAUCUGUGAGCUGGAUCGUGGAUGUUGGAUCUGAUUUCCCAGCUGAGACGUUUGAUGUGAUCACAUCAUGGAGGACGGACUGUGUAUUCAGAGAAGAUCACAGCAGGCUAACGACGAGGGCCUGGAAUGGGUAUCAUCCCGACGAGAAACGAGACUUCAAAUAUCUGACUCCAAAGUUGAGACUUGAGCCUGAGAUGCUAUCUGAUACGCAGGUGUGGUCCAAGACAUUUCAUAUGGUCUGUUCUGCGACACGCUGCAUGUCAAUAGUGCAAGACAUUCUGCAGCGACGGGAUGAAUUACGAAAGGCAGGAAAAGCUCCAUCUGCCGCGCAUGCCUCCAAGCGUCCUAUCUUUGUUUGGGAGCCAGUCCCUGACCUCUGUACCCCGGAAGAACAGGAAAAUUUCCUUGCCGCAAACAAGGUAGUGGAUGUAGUGAGUCCCAACCACAUGGAGCUCGGCAUGAUGUUUGACCAGCCUGGUUGGACCGAGGGGAGCCAAUCAAGCCAGCAGCUCGUCCAAAAGAUUACAGAGUCCGCCAUUGGUCCUGAUGGAAAUGGUCUGCUCGUCAUUAGGGCAGGAAAGGACGGUAGCUACGCCUACUCCAAGUCCUGCAAGAUCUGGCUCCCCGCAUACCAUCAGCCUGAUCCAUCGGGUGCUACGCUUGUGGUCGAUCCUACGGGUGCGGGCAACUCCUUCUUAGGUGCUCUAGCCCAAGGCAUGGUCACUGCAGGCAGAGAGCCAUUCCAAGUCAUUGACGACGUUCUAUCAAAUUCCAAGGCUUGGAAUACAGCCCUUGAUACUUGGGGUGAUUGCCAACACCAUCCUAAGGCACUCAUUUGCGCUACCGUCGCAGCUGGCUUUGUGGUCGAGCAAAUUGGAGUGCCUCAAAUCGAGAUUGAUGGGGACGGAAAGGAGUUGUGGAACCAGACUGAAUUCACGGAACGAGUCCGCCUGUACACGCAGCGAUUAUCGAGGACACUUGAAGAGUCUGCCCAGAGACACCUGUUGAUCCAUUGA